GAAAGUUUGCAUUGCAAUCCCCCUGCCUUCCUCUCCUUUCUCCCGAUCAAUGCAUAUUUGCAAAAGGAUUAAGCCACAGAUUUAAGCGCCGGGAGCCCAUUUCUGCCUCGCAAAGGAGACCGGACUGAGAAAAAAAAAAAAAAAAAAAAAAAAAACAACCAAAAGCCAGCUCUGAUUUCUUUUCGUCAAGUGGGAAGGUGGUUUAUUUUUCUUGCUUUUCGGAGUCAACACCCUUCCCCACCAGCCCUUAUUCCCACCCUCACCCCGCAACCCCUUCACGCCCCCCUCCCCCUCCCCACUCCCCAUCCUCCCACCAGCCUCUAAAAGAGGCAAAGGGAUUUUUUUUUUCUUCUUCUUUUGGUCUUCUUUUUUUUUUUUUUUUUUUUCCCCUUCCCUGUUUAUCCUGAAAAGGAUCUGAAGCCAGCUUGAAGGAUAAAAAGCCUUGGUGCUGCCCAGGAGCCGAGCCGAGGAGCAGAAGAGGAAGAGCCGGGGGCUGCCGUUGCCUUUGGAGAUGGACGAGCAGCCCAGGCUGAUGCAUUCCCAUGCUGGGGUCGGGAUGGCCGGACACCCCGGCCUGUCCCAGCACUUGCAGGAUGGGGCCGGAGGGACCGAGGGGGAGGGCGGGAGGAAGCAGGACAUUGGAGACAUUUUACAGCAAAUUAUGACCAUCACAGACCAGAGUUUGGAUGAGGCGCAGGCCAGAAAACAUGCUUUAAACUGCCACAGAAUGAAGCCUGCCUUGUUUAAUGUGUUGUGUGAAAUCAAAGAAAAAACAGUCUUGAGUAUCCGGGGAGCCCAGGAGGAGGAACCAACAGACCCCCAGCUGAUGCGACUGGACAACAUGCUGCUGGCCGAGGGGGUGGCAGGCCCUGAGAAGGGCGGAGGCUCGGCGGCAGCAGCGGCGGCAGCGGCGGCAUCAGGAGGCGCGGGCUCCGACAACUCGGUGGAGCAUUCAGACUACAGAGCCAAGCUGUCCCAAAUCAGACAGAUCUACCACACGGAGCUGGAGAAGUACGAGCAGGCGUGCAACGAGUUUACCACCCACGUGAUGAACCUCCUGCGGGAGCAGAGCCGGACCAGGCCCAUCUCCCCGAAGGAGAUCGAGCGGAUGGUCAGCAUCAUUCAUCGCAAGUUCAGCUCCAUCCAGAUGCAGCUCAAGCAGAGCACAUGUGAGGCCGUCAUGAUCCUGCGCUCCCGGUUUCUGGAUGCGCGGCGGAAGAGACGAAAUUUCAACAAGCAAGCGACGGAAAUCCUGAAUGAAUAUUUCUAUUCCCAUCUCAGCAACCCUUACCCCAGUGAGGAAGCCAAAGAGGAGUUAGCCAAGAAGUGUGGCAUCACAGUGUCCCAGGUAUCAAACUGGUUUGGAAAUAAGCGAAUCCGGUACAAGAAGAACAUAGGUAAAUUUCAAGAGGAAGCCAAUAUUUAUGCUGCCAAAACGGCUGUCACUGCUACCAAUGUGUCAGCCCAUGGAAGCCAAGCUAACUCACCCUCGACUCCUAACUCAGCUGGUUCUUCCAGUUCUUUUAACAUGUCAAACUCUGGAGAUUUGUUCAUGGGCGUGCAGUCACUCAAUGGGGACUCUUACCAAGGGGCCCAGGUUGGAGCCAACGUGCAGUCACAGGUGGAUACCCUUCGCCAUGUUAUCAGCCAGACAGGAGGAUACAGUGACGGACUCGCAGCCAGUCAGAUGUACAGUCCGCAGGGCAUCAGUGCUAAUGGAGGUUGGCAGGAUGCUACUACCCCUUCAUCAGUGACCUCCCCUACAGAAGGCCCUGGCAGUGUUCACUCUGAUACCUCCAACUGAUCUCCCAGCAGUCGCAUCCCGGCUGACCCUGUGCCCCAGUCGGGACAGGGCCAGGAGGGAGGGUUUCUCUCCCAACGCUGAAGCGGUCAGACUGGAGGUCGAAGCACUCAGCAAACACAAUAAGAGUCUCCUUCUCUUCUCUUCUUUGGGAUGCUAUUUCAGCCAAUCUGGACACUUCUUUAUACUCUCUUCCCUUUUUUUUCUGGGUAGAAGCCACCCUUCCCUGCCUCCAGCUGUCAGCCUGGUGUCCGCCAUCUUUCCUGCCCCCUCCCUCUGUCCUAGACUCCCUGGGUCCCUGCCCGCUAUUACAUCACGGAAGGAUAUUUUCAACAAUUAGAGGAAUUUAAAGAGGAAAGAAAAUACAAAGAAAAUAAUAAACGUGUUUGUAUGUUUUCACGCUGGUGGUUUGAGGAGCCAAAUUUACCUCACUCGGAUCCCUCGCUCCCUCUGUUAACUAAGGCAGCCCUUCUCUUGUUUCUCUUCUUACUCUCACUACCUCUUCGCAGGAAUGCGCCACGUUGCCCCCACUCAUUCCAGGCCCCCUGCCUCCUCUCGCUCUUCCCUCCCUGGGCCGGUUCUGCUUAGAACACUUUCCUCCUCUUCCUUCCCAGCCCCAGCUGUGCCCCGGAGACUGCCGCAGCUGGGCUUCUGAAGGUGCCACAUUUUCCGGUCUCGGCUCCACUAGGUCGAUUCCCAGGCAGGAAGUGGAGCCGCAGGAGAGGACGUAAGCAACCAGCAGGGGAGAAUUCUUGGAGGCCUCCUCCUCCUCCUAACAGCUCUUGGUUUCAGAGGCAUAGUCUUUGGAGACCACGCAACACUUAGCAAGCAAUGUCCAGCACCUACGGCAAAGCCAGAUCUGAGUGGGCGUGGUGACGAAUGAGCCACUAAGGAGUAGAAGGUUCUUACCCUGAAACCCUUCAACGAAACCUUCACAGACACACACACACGUGCACACACGUGCUCACGCACACCCAGGCACACGUCAGCACAGGCACAGCCUCACACAUUGGUUUUCUCAAGAUCAGUCACAUGCCACAUGCCAAGACCCACGUUAGCAGCCACAGCAAUUUGCCUGGUGAGCCCAGGAGAGGCAGUUAGCCGCUCUGAGUGAAGGUUGCUGACCCAGAGAAAGAGUAUGUGCCUGGGGCUUCCCCGACCUGCAGCCCCCCAGCCUGCACACAGCGGAAUGACCUACACACAGGACUUGAUCGUGAUGGAGGCCAGGUUUGCAGCGUACACUGUUGUUCCCGCCACCUCUGGAGCGCUCAGGGAGCCACACACAGUGCUUACAAUGUCCGGAACGGAUUUGGUUCUGUUCUGGUUUUGUUUUCUUAUUAGGGACGUUGCAUUAAUUCUCCGAAGUGUCACAUGGCCCCACAAUCUGGUACUGGAGGGGUUGCGUAAGAACACGGCUCGGGCAGAUUUUGCUAGCUUAACGUGAAGACCUAGGAGCGCUGGGGAAAGGGGAGGUAACGUCCUCCGUGAAAUUGUCACAGUGGUUUUCAUUCCCUGGGACUAUCUGAGAGGACAGUAUGUACUAGAAAGCUCUUCUGUAGUGUCACCUGAGCUUACAUUCUUCAGCUGUGCCAGCGAUCAACGUGGUGGCUCUGUAACCUAAGUGGGGAGGUGGCCACAUCUCUCGGCACCUCAUUGUCUUCAUCUGUAAGAUGGGGAUUGUGAUGCCUGGCUUACCAAGAGGCUUGUGAGAGACUGAGGAAAUUGAUUUCGUUCAUAUCCCAUUUGUACAUGUGAAGUCAGGGGAAGUGUCAUCCCUGAGGUAAACCGGUUCGUGCCAUGGAGGGGCAAUAUAUGGUUUUGCUGUUCCAACCUCUGGUUGCCAUCACAACCAUCUGGUAACCCCUGACGUCACUGCCGUGGUGACAAAGGGGAGAAGGGGUAUUAUUGUUGGUUUUUUGUUUGUGUUGGUCUGUUUGGUUUCAUAGACUAGAGAUAAGCGUCCAACCUAGAAAAAUAGGACCCAGUUCUCUUAGUUUGUACUUGAACCCAGUACGUGGCCUUGUAAGUACUCAGUCCCCUGUCACAUCCACUCUGCUUGAGAGGCCUGUGGGAGACAUAGAAGCCCCUGAGAGGUAAGGAUGGCCCGCUAACGAGGUCGUGGAAAUUGUGCAUGGCGCUACGGUAAUGAAUAGAAAUUGCUCCUGUGUGUGUGUUGAAGAGAGAGGUUCCCUAAGAAACUGGAAGGUGCAUGAAUUUAAAGGAAAGGCAAAAAAAAAGGUAAAUCUUUGGCAAGAUGGAAUUGUGCCUUGGUGACUAGGAGCAGUGGAAAGACUGGGUCUGCUGACCUGUGCCCCAAUCAGAACAGAGCCCGGUAGAGGGGCUUCCGGGCAAGAGCCGUCUUGUGACAACUCCGUAGUCAUAGAGCCUUUGGAGAACCUUGCUCAGGGUCAGGGACCUAAACUACCCACACGGGGGUACGGCUGGGUCACAUGCCUGACUGCGCUAAGUGCAGAAGAGACCCGAAAGGGUUCUCUUGGAAACCGGAAGAGCGAUUCCAGAUUUGGGUUGAAUGAUUGCCAUUUUAAGGUGUUGAAACAGAUCAGAGCAGAGCUGCAUUUGCACAGACGGCUUCUCUCCCCGCAGGAGUUUGCACUGAUUCUCACCUCUCCCAGCAUCUUCCCCACUCAGCACUUACUUCCCUCAGACCUCGGUUCCAGUUGCCCACCACCUCCCCUCCAUGCCCACCAUCACGUCCAACACGGCAACCGCCAGAUCCCCGACAGUGAGCAAAGUAUGGGAACUCUGGAAGCAGAAGGAAGGGGAUGGAAAGAGCGUGCCUCUGGAAAUAUAGCUCCCUGGGAAUUCGUAUUAGGUCCAUCCUACAGAUACCAAAAUGUGCCCCAGGACUCCUGCAUUUUCUAAUGGGAGUGGGAGCGCCCUGUUUUCCCUGGCAGCUGAUUUCCCCUGAGUAAUACUAGCCCUUGGGUUUGCCCACCUUGUUAACUCUCCAUCACAUCCUCCUUUCACCCCUAACUCCUCCCCCUGGCGUGGAAUUGACGCCUGUGCAGUACUUUUGCCAAGUGGCACCUUCCUCAACAGUGAUUUUUUUAUUAUUAUUUUGUUUUUGUUUUUGUUUUUGUUUUUUUUGCUGUGGUGGUGGUUCUUGAGUUCCUGGUUGCCUUCUCUCACAUACCUUCCCCCCCCCUUCCUUCUGAGUUUUAUUUUUCUGCCCAGAAAAACCUGACUUCGAUACCAAAAAAGAUGAAACUACAGAAACUCAAAUUUAAAAAAAACUUAAAAAAAUACAAAAAAAAUACUCAACAAUUCUUUCAGCUUUAUUAACAUUUUCCAUUGUUUCUUGCGACUUGUGUCUCGUUCUUUGUAGUAUUGAUGAUGAACAUUUGAUAAUGAAUGUUCUUGUAUAUUCAGAUAAAGAAAAAAAACCAAAAAAGCGGUCUGAAUUUAAUAGUGUUUAUAAUAAAAAAAAUUUUAAAAAUGACCCUCAUAGCACGCAAAACAGGAUGGGGGGCUUCCCCUCUUCUUUCUGUGACAAUACACAUCAUUCCUGCGUUCGUUUUUAACACCAAACUACCUACAUUAAUCAUUUCCCCCAUUUUUCUUUUAUUUUCUUGCAUUUGUGAAUUAGUUCAAGAAUGCUAGAAAAGUGUCGAGUUGUGCACAUUCAUUUCCUGUUUCACAAUGUUUAAAAGUGACAGUAAUUCAUUUUGUAAACUAAAAAAAAAAAAAAAAAGGUUGGGAUAGUGAGCAUAAUAGGUACAACCUAACACGUUAUGUUUAUUAACUUUGAGACCCAGAAAUAAAUUCUUUUCUUUCUUUAUUCCUGCUCUUUAAAAUAUAAAAAAAAAUAUGUUUUGUGUUAUUUUUGGUUGUUUUAUUGGGGGGGGGCUUUUUUUUUAAUUGCCAGGAUUAUGAUCUUGCUGUUUUGAUUCCUUAAAUAUGUAUACGAGGUGAUGUGAAAAGAUGACAUUUGUAGAGUUAGGUGGCUUCCUUGUACUUCUACUUUGCUCCGGAAUUCAGUUGACUUCAACGACAAAGAUGAAGCCCAUGCGGAUGUCACAUCACUCACGUGCAUUUCCAGAGUGUGUGGCACUCCUGCAGUCCCUGAGAAAAACAGUCAGGGACCUGGGUUCUCCUUUUGGCCCUUUAAAAAUUCAAGGACUUGGUCCAGGAGACCUUGUCUACAGUAGGGAGAGACUUCUUGCCUUUGUUGACUGUGAAUGUCGCAACGAAAUGCUUUCUUUUCUUUCUUCCUGAUUAAUAACAACAUUCCAUGAGCCCUCUUACAACUAGAGAGGAUCUUUUCUCCCAGAAGCAUCCGACAGGAAAUCCUGGUGUGAUGGACCACUGGCUACGUAGACUAGAUCCAGCAAGCCGUCCCGGGGGUCCGUCGGCCCGCUGAUUCUUUGAGUCCCGAUUUUGGAUGAAGAGUUGAGAAACUGAGCCUGACCCAGGGCUCUCCUUGUAAUGCUGAGAGGUGAAGUUGGACUCCUUGACAGCAUAGCUCUUACUACCCUCCGAUUCAGGUGGCUGCUUAAAACUAGUUAACCCGGCGUGAUUUGGAAUGUUUUUAUUAGUUAAUAGGAGAAAAGAAAGCAGUAUUAUCUGGAAGAAACUUAUUUGAAACACUUUGCAUUCAACAAAUGAUUAUAAGUGUCCAGAAAGCAACCAGAACGUAAGCAAGAAAAGUGAAGGCAAAGAUGCGGGACUGUGGAACAGUGCUUCACAGGUGUUUCUGCCCAGACACCUGCCCUCUUGUUCCUGAGUCAACAAAAUAAUGACGAGCUUUUCACAUCACCUUUCUGGUUUCAACACCCAGCUCAGAGCUUUCUGGAAUCUUCUGUUUUUUGUAAACUUUUUUUUUUCCUUUUGUUAAAAUUAAUAAAACAUUCAAUGUUUUCCCCCCUUUUCUCUCUUAUUACUUCCUUUCUUUCCAAUUAUUUUGAAGUGCUUUCCUUUGGUGGUUGGUUUUAUUCUCCUGCUCCCCUCCCCUGUUCUUAUUAUUCAGAGUAUAAACCUGCAAAGUUCUGCUCUGUUUUGGUUUUUGAAAGUUUAAGCUUUUCUGCUUCUGUGAGAGCACAGGCUUCUGUCCCUUUUGAUUCCAACUGAACUUUUGUGUUCUCUAAUGAUACUAACACGGUGUAGGUUUUACAGUCUCCUAAUUUGUACUGGUAAUGCAUAUUCCAAAUAAAUAGUUUCUUUUGUUGCAAAAAAUACA